UUUAUUGGAUCGAGAACCGGUUCUGUCCGUUAACGAAUCGUUCACAGAUUGAUUUUUAAACCGGUUCAACAGAUUAAAAGAUCCGACUCAAAAGAACAAUUCUUUCACGAAUGGACUAAACCUUCACCAUAGUAAACGUCCUUUCCUUUGGGAGUAGGGAGGAUCAUUUCGUUGCUCAUUCGGGGAGUUUGUUUUGUAAUUCCGUUAGAAUGGAGGUCGACUCCGAGUCCCGCAUCGACAGCAGCAGUACUGACAGAACAAGUAAAAGCUCAAAUAUAGAGAGUUUAGGCUUGUCACACUCCAAGUUGGCUUAUGAUGGGAACUUUAUUCGUUCUGCCUGUGGCACGUUUAUGGCUGGAGAAAUCGUGUUUGGGCUUCUGGUGUGGACUCUGAUUGGUGGGACGGAGUACCUCCAUGUUCCUGCACUGGGGUGGGUAAUGUUUGUGUCAGUCUUUUGUUGGGUGCUUACUGUCAUUCUCUUCCUCUUUUACCUGACCACGGCCCACACCAGGAUUCCCCAGAUCCCAUGGAAAAUUCUGGGAAUAUGUUUUAAUGGCAGCGCCUCUGUAUUGUACCUGACAGCAGCUGUGAUCAGUGGUGUAUCUUCGAAUGUGGCCAUUAGGGGGCGCUACUACUUCAUCAGCUGGGUGGCAUCAACGAUAUUUGCCUCACUAGCUAUGGUGUGUUAUGCAGGAAAUACAGUUGUGAAUUACAAAUCUUGGAGAUCAAAAUGUGAAGAUACAUAAGCAGUUUUUUUUUUAAAA